UUUUAUUAUUUAGAACUGUUUCACAAAAUUUUUAUUCAAUGAAUCAAAAAGAUGAUUUACUACCUAAUGAAUCUAAUUUUGUUGGCGGGGAAUCAUUCCAUCCUGGUAAAAACUGUACAGUUUAUAAUGAAAUUGUUACAGAGAGUAAAUGUUUAAAUAGUGUUGAAUCUUUAUCAAAUAUUAGUGGAUCUAUAUAUAAAAGUGAUAGAUCAAUAUUUAGUAGUGGUGAACCUGUAUUGAGUAACAACGGAUCUAUAUCAAAUAGGGGCAAUUUAUUAUAUAAUACUAGACCUGUAUUAAAUAAUAGUGGAAAUAUAUUAAAUAUUAGUAGACCUAUAUUAAACAGUAAUAAGCCUUUGGUAAAUAUUAAAGAAAUAUUAUUAAACAGUGGUGAGCCUUUAUUAAAUAAUCAUAAACCUACAAAUAGUGAUAUAUUAAUUUUAAACAAUAGUGGAAAUGUGUUAAAUAGUGGUCCAAUUUUAAAAAGAUCAGAUGCAACAGAUGCAUUAUCUCAACAAUUUCAAAAUGUAAAUCUUUCAGGAAGAAUAUCUUCAUUUGAACAUAAAACUGAAUAUUCAACUAAUUCUAUUCCACCUAGAAUUUCACAAGUUAAUUCAACAACAAAUCGAUUAUUAGAUAUGAAAUCACCAAAUUACACUAACUUCAACUUCUACAAUAAUGUGGUGGAUCAACCAAAUAUGUCUGUUACAAAAGCUGGUUUUAAUAAAAUUUGGGGUAUGGACUCUGUCGAUCUUUUACAAUGUCGAAAUGUCUUACCAUUUGAAAAAGUUUCUCCACCAAGAAUAAAAUUACAUCAAGAUCUUUUGGAUCGAGUUAAUUGCAGUUCUGAAAUUUUCCGAUGUACAUUAACAAAAAUUCCUGAUUCAAAUUCUUUAUUACAAAAAUCACGUUUACCAUUAGGCAUACUUAUACAUCCCUUUAAAGAUUUAAAUUCUAUAUCUACAAUACAAAGUAAUACAAUUGUCCGUUGUCGAUUAUGUAGAACAUACAUAAAUCCUUUUGUUUACUUUGUAGAUUCUAAAAGAUGGAAAUGUAAUUUAUGUUAUAAAGUUAAUGAACUUCCUGAAGAAUUCCUUUUUGAUCCUGCUACAAAAUCUUACGGAGAUCCAUCUCGAAGACCUGAGAUACGAACAAGUACUAUUGAAUUUAUUGCACCAAGCGAAUACAUGUUACGUCCACCGCAACCUGCUGUAUAUCUUUUCAUAUUUGAUGUAUCACGAUUAGCUGUUGAAAGUGGUUACUUAUCUAUUGUAUGUAAUAUUAUAUCUGAAGAAAUGUCGAGACUUCCUGGUGAUAGUAGAACCCAAAUUGGAUUCUUAGCAGUUAAUUCGGCAAUUCACUUUUUUAGCAUGCAAGAUAACGUGUCUCAGCCACAUCAACUAAUAAUGUUGGAUGUUGAUGAUAUUUUCCUACCGUGUCCAGAAAAUUUAAUUGUUAAUUUAAAGGAACGGGAGGAGCUUCUAAAAGAUUUAUUAAGUCAGUUGCCAAAUAUGUUUAAAGACAAUAAUGAUACUAAUUGUGCUUUAGGUGCUGCUCUUCAAGCUGCUCUCAAACUCAUGUCACCAACUGGUGGUAGAAUCACUGUAUUUCAAUUAUGUUUACCUAAUAUAGGUCCAGGUGCACUGCAAGCUCGUGAAGAUCCAAACACAAGAUCAGGAAAAGAUAUUCCUUACUUAAAUCCUGCUACAGAUUUUUAUAAACGGUUAGCUUUAGAUUGCAGUGGUCAACAAAUAGCUGUUGAUUUAUUUCUGAUGAAUUGUCAAUAUAGUGAUCUAGCUACAUUAUCAGGUAUUUGUAAAUUUUCUGGAGGAAGUAUUCAUUAUUUACCUUUAUUUCAAGCAUCAAAAAUUCAUCAUAUUGAGAUCUUAGAGAAAAUUUUACGGCGUUAUCUUACACGCAGAAUUGGUUUUGAGGCUGUUAUGAGAAUAAGAUGUACACGUGGAUUAACUAUUCAUACUUACCAUGGUAAUUUUUUUGUUCGGUCAACUGAUUUAUUAAGUUUACCAAAUAUUAAUCCAGAUGCAGGCUUUGGAAUGCAAGUGUCAAUAGAGGAAAAUCUAUCAGAUAUGCAAAACGUUGCUUUUCAAGUUGCCUUGUUGUAUACAUCUAGCACAGGCGAAAGGAGAAUCAGAGUUCACACUUUAUGCCUUCCUAUCUCUUCAAAUCUAUCAGAUAUACUUUAUUCAGCAGAUCAACAAUGUAUAAUUGGACUAUUAGCAAAAAUGGCAGUUGACAAAUCAGUGCAAUCCUCACUAUCUGAUGCCAGGGAUGCUUUGAUAAAUGCAGCUGUAGAUGUGUUAUCCUCAUACAAACUUUUACAGUCAUAUCCAGGUAGUGGUUUAGUAGCUCCACAAAAUCUGAAGCUGCUGCCUGUAUAUAUAAUUGCUUUGCUGAAGUGUCGUGCCUUCAGAUUUGGAGUAAAUACAAGACUGGAUGAUCGCGUUUAUAUCAUGUGUCAGUUAAAAAGUUUACCAUUAACUCAACUUAUACAGCUGAUUUAUCCUGAUUUAUAUCCAGUGCAUAUCUAUGUAACAAAGAUCAUCACUGAAAUAGAUGGACAACUUAAUCCACAUCCUGAAAGAUUGCAUCUUUCAGCUGAAAAAUUAGACUCUAGAGGAGCAUUUUUAUUGGAUGCUGGAGACCAAAUGUUUCUCUAUAUUGGAAAAAAUAUUCAUCCUUCAUUUUAUUACAAUAUAUUUGGAAUUGACACUUUUACAGCUAUACCAGAGGAAAUGUAUGAACUACCAGAAUUGGCAACUCCAGAGUCGCAAAGACUGAGGACUUUCAUUGCUAGUCUUCAAGAGAAGAAACCAUAUUUUGCAACGCUACAGAUAAUUCGAGAUGACAGUUGCUUUAGAACACAAUUUACAGAACGAUUAAUUGAAGAUAGGUUUGAAAAUGCAUUGAGUUACUACGAAUUUCUUCAACAUAUAAAAUCUCAAAUAAAAUAAAGAAGUUUUGUAAUCAUGCAUGUAUGGGUGAUUUGCAAAAAAUAAAUUUGUUACAAAUAAAUAAAAAUUAUAA